AUGAAUUGGAAGCGCCUUGAGGCUGGCCUCAUGGAGCCGCCCUUCACGCCCGAUAUUUUUUUUUUGCAUUUCUCCGACGUCAUCCAUGAUGUUGCUACAAUUGUCUUUCUACUUGACAGCCUUCUCGUGACUAUUUUAACCUCCCUCCCCCGUCCCUGCCUACAGCCCCACGCAGUGUACGCCAAAGACGUCCUCGAUAUUGAACAGUUCUCCACAGUGAGAGGCGUCAAGAUCGAGGCAGAGGACUACGCCUUCUACCGCAAAUUCUGCUCCGGUGCCGUCUCUAUCCCUUGGCAAAAUGAGGUAAGGGUUGUAUUGCCACGGCAGGUAAACUUUAUUUUCCGAGCCCGUUAA